UCUGCAGAUGAGGGGGAUUCACGCCUUUCAGGUUGCUACGCAACAGCCGUCUUCUGUCACGCAUGUGCGCGGUGCAUAGUGGGAGUAUCCGAGCGAUGCUGAAUCAGUGCAGGAGCGGAGGAGCAGAGGAGGCUGAAAAUGGUGCAGCAUCAACAAGGGAACAAGGCGCAGCGGUCGCGCCAACGGAAUUAUGCGGCUCUGCUUGAACUCUCACUUUGAGAUUUUACUCCGACGACAGAAGAACAGGGUGUAGAAUGAGAGGAGGUAUUCCCUGCAAUCUCCUGAAAUAUCUAUGUGUCUCUGCAUCCACUUUCUCAGAUGAAGGUGACAGAAGUUUUAAGGUAAAUGGCAGGGUUUGGUAAAGUGCUGGCCAGCCGAUGCAGUGCGUAGGGCCCGGUGUCCAAGGUGACGAAAACAUGAACGGGGCGGGGGAGCAGGUCGACAUCCUGCCCUCCAACUGCUUGGUAAAAGACCGUUGGAAAGUGCUGAAGAAGAUUGGGGGUGGAGGGUUCGGAGAGAUCUAUGAGGCCUAUGAUCUGUUGACACGAGAGAAUGUGGCUCUUAAGGUGGAGUCCGCCCAACAGCCAAAACAAGUGCUAAAGAUGGAGGUUGCUGUGCUAAAGAAACUACAAGGAAAGAAUCAUGUUUGCAAAUUUAUUGGAUGUGGAAGAAAUGACAAGUUCAAUUACGUUGUCAUGCAGCUGCAGGGAAGGAAUCUCGCUGAUCUCAGAAGGAGUCAGCCUAGAGGGACGUUCAGCAUGAGCACGACGCUACGGUUGGGGAAACAAAUUCUGGAGUCCAUUGAAGCCAUUCACUCUGUGGGCUUCCUGCACCGAGACAUUAAACCUUCUAAUUUUGCCAUGGGCCGAUUGCCGUCUACCUGUAGGAAGUGUUAUAUGCUGGAUUUUGGUUUGGCACGACAGUACACUAAUACGAAUGGGGAAGUGCGGCCUCCCAGGACGGUGGCUGGGUUCAGAGGGACAGUACGCUAUGCUUCCAUUAACGCUCAUAAAAACAAGGAAAUGGGUCGUCAUGAUGAUUUGUGGUCGUUGUUUUAUAUGCUGGUAGAGUUUACUGUUGGACAGUUACCAUGGCGUAAGAUAAAAGAUAAGGAGCAGGUGGGACAGAUUAAAGAGCGUUAUGAGCACAGGAUGCUGUUGAAACACAUGCCUGCUGAGUUUCAUGUCUUCUAUGACCAUGUGCUGGAUUUAGAUUACUAUACCAAACCUGAUUAUCAGCUGUUAAUGUCAGUAUUUGAGAACAGCAUGAAAGAGAGGGUGAUAACAGAAAAUGAGCCUUAUGACUGGGAAAAAUCUGGAACAGAUACGGCCCUCCCCACAAGCACACACACACCACCACAACAAAACACAAGGCAAACUGCUGCCAUCGUGGGGGUGGUUAAUGUGACACCGGUACCUGGUGAAUUACCGAGGGAAAACACUGAUGACGUUCUGCAAGAUGAACACCUGAGUGACCAAGAGAACGCUCCACCUGCCUUGAUACCCAGCAGGCCUAGCAAACCUGCUCCAGCCCCACCUGCUGGUGAAGGAUGGGAUGAAACUGACUUCAACCGUAACAAACUCAGGAUCAGCAUCAGUAAGACGCAAGUAGCAGCAGAGGAUGGGGAGGAGCCUGCAGGAGGAGGAAGGUCAGUUUCCCCAGCGAGGGGUGGAGAAGCAGAACCUCAGCCCCGCCCUCCAAGAGACCGGAGAGUCAACAGCCCAGAAUCUGACCGCCUGUCUGCUGCAGAGGAUAGAGGAGAUGCUGCAGAUAAACGCUCUCGUUUGGACAUGCUGGGUUCUCCAUCCAGGCACGUCUACUCUUCCCAGCCUGCUCAGAUGCUCUCUUUAGAAGCUGGACAGGGAGAACGACUGGCCGGUGGCCACCAUGAUGUCUCUGCAGACGGUGACCAGGAAGCCCACAGUAAUGCCUUCAUCCGCUCAGUCCCGCUGGCAGAGGAAGAGGACUUUGACAGCAGGGAGUGGGUGAUGAUUGAUAAAGAAACAGAGUUGAAAGACUUCCAUCCUGGGGCAGAGCCCACCACCUCAGGCACCACGGAUGAGGAACCAGAGGAAUUACGCCCCCUUGAGGACCAUGAGGAGAGGAGAAGAAGAGGACAUAUGCAUGGGAUGGGCGGAGCUGAGGCUGUGGUACGACCCAAAACGCAACGUGGGAUGAUGAUUGUAGCAGAGGAGGAGGGGGCGGGACCGAGCCCCGCCCAUUCACCUUGUCACUCGUUGCCUCAUAGACGGAGGGAGUCGGAGCCGUUUGGACCUGAUGGACCGGAGGCCGCAGUGGCUGAACCUUCACCUUCUUCCUCUCAGACGCGUCUGAAGCGAGUCGACUUCGUGUCUGGUGUGUUGAUGUUUGACGAUCUAAGAGAGGAGGGUGUGAAGACUGGAGGCUCAGGAAGUGAUGGAAGCCCUCGCAGUAGCGAAGGAAGCCCUGAAGGUGCUGCAUCCACCCUACUCGCCCCAGCCCACCGGGAUCACGACCAGGAAGAGGGCUCACGCACACUGGUGCUUGUGUCUGCUGGUAAUGGCCAGGUUUCACCUGGAGACGGGCAGGGAACUCUCGCCGCGUUGACACCGCAGGGAGAGCGACCCGUGCCGGAUGAAUCUGAACCCGGGACUCUCUCCUCCGUAAUUAGGUCGGAGCCCAGGCCUAUUGUCAUGACAACUGCAGCUGUGAUCACCGGCGGUUCUUCUUCACCGCCAUUCACCAAGGUGGAACGCACUUUUAUCCACAUUGCUGAGACGACACGUCUCAAUGUCAUGACAGCCAGACCACGUCUGCCUGGACUGGAUGAGAUUAUAUCUACUGAGCGUGAAGAGAUGGGUGGAAAGAAAGAGGAGAGGGAAGGGGUCAGUGAACGAGAGAAAAAGGAGAGUGAGGGGAUUACAUUAGAAAGAGAAGAGGAUGAGGGGAAAAGAAAGAAAGAAAGUGAAGCUGGAAAAGAGAGAGAGGCUGAAGAAAGUGUAAAGAGUGACAAAGAGGAACCAGAGGCUUUGUUUUUAGCUGAGUCACAUGACCAGCCAGAGACUACAGAAGAAGUCUCCAAAGAAGCCAAACUGGAAGUCAGACCAGACGGUGUCGCACCAGAAGAAGACCAACAAAGGGAACAGGAGUGGGAAGAGAGUCCACCAGUAACACCUGAACAAACCAGAGAUGCAGAGGUGGAGGAUGAGAAGGAUAUGUCUCCACCAGAGGCUGAAUCACCUGAUAGAAAGCCACUCCCACAGAGACGAAGCCGUAUUCCUGUGCUUAUGUCGGAGGAGGAAACAGGUUCAGAUAAGUCAUCGCAGACAAGUCAAGAGCAGUUUCAGCGAACUCGCAAAAGCCGACAGCAACAGCUGGCCCGCCUCGUCCUGGAGCGUAAACAAACCCACCUGAUUCGCUCUCGUUCCGCCUCCUCGCACUCCCCAACACUCUCAGCCACAGCAUCAGAAGAUGAAGCCCACCAAUCAGACGACUCUGCAAGAGGAGAGAGAGGAGCAGAUGGCAGAAUUAGGAGUAGGAUCCCUCGUCCAGUUACACCUAUCAGGGGGUCAUCCGACCAACUAGGGGGCACGACCCUUCCGCAAACCCAGAGAUCUGUGUCUUUCAUUCAAUACAGAACCAACAGUUCUGUCAAUCCCAGGAUUCAAAAGUCUGCAAGUCUGCACACAAAUAUCCAUCAGCAGCCGCCUAAACCUCAGCUCCGUCCCUCUAAAACCCUUCCACCCCGUCCUCCAUCUUCGGGCCCUUCCCAAGCACAGGCAAGUCGGACGGCCACACGCACCGCUACUCGUACCUCAGCUCUCAAUGCCACCCGAAGCAUCAGCACCUCCCCUCGAAGCUACGCCACCUCUCGCACCGACAGCCCUUCGCCUCAGCGCAUUCGCCGCCAGCCUGCCGUCAAUGAAACGCAACGACAGCCCAAACCUCCAUGCCCGCCGCAGUCCAAAUCCAAAGCUCAGGAUUCCACCCUCAAGAAGAGCAAAACCCACCCAUCAUCGCAAAAGGCAAAGAAAGAUCCACUGGAGACAAAGACUAAAACAAGAUAAUUAAGACUUCACUGCAGGUGAUCUUCAUCCUCAGCAUCAUCAUCAUCACAAUCACUCUCUAAAUCAUCAGUGUUGGACUGUACUUCUCAUUACACACAACAAAAUCAACCGAACAAUGGAUGGACGUGUUUGUUAUUCAGCCAAGUGACUGCAGCAGCUACAAAAUACCUCUAAUGAGGAAAACCUCUGACAUUUACACACACACAGUGUGUGUCCGGGCGAGUUGUCAUUAUUGAAGUGUGUUGGACAGAUAAACACACCUCAUAUGCCUUAAACCUGCAAAGGAAAUAAUUGCUGCCAUCACAACAAAGCUUCCACAGGCUCUACCCUCCUGUUCACAGCACAAACGCCAUCAUGUUCAAUAAUACAACCAAUCACAUUGUACACGUUAGAAUCGGGUUCUACUGCAGCUUUAAAGCUUUUAAAUAUGUUACAGUACAUGCUACUUAUUUUAAUUGAAUAUAACUUCUAAAAUGCACAUUUUUGACCACAGAUUUCACAGAAUCGGAAAAAAAAAGCUUACAAAAACCUAAAAUGUUUCAAAAUCCCAAAUGCACUGAUUACUCAACUAGCUUGUGUUUGGGCCUUUUAUAUCAACUUCCGCAGUCAAUUUGUGUGUGCUAAAAUUUGUAUUUAUCUCAAAUAGUCAUAUGCACCAAAACGUGGUGGUUCUGUGCAGAACAUCAAGAAAAAAAUCACAAAUCUGGUAUAAAUACCUAAAUUUAAUCUCUACACGGAAUAAAGUGACUAACCUGCUGCUACAGUUUGAUGUCAAUCAUACAAUCAUCUUGGCCCCGUCUACUCUCUGUGAUUGGGUCAAUCCAUCCGUGACACUCGUCUGCUAAAUUUAUUUGUAACCGGAUCCCAGACCAGCGGCAUGCAUUUGAUAAUGCUCGUCCGCUUUUCUGUUUAUUGUCUUUUGCAAAACUGUAGAUAAUGUAAGCAGUACUUUUGAAAAACAAAGUUAUAUUUUUGUUCCAAAAAACAACAAAAAAAUGGAUAAAAUAGGACUAACCUAGUUGCAUUUGUCUCAGUCUCAGGCUGAAAAUGCCCCAUUCUGAUCUGUAUGCAAACUUUACAGUUCAAAGAACGUUUGAGGAAGCUGAAUGAAGGUCGAAAAGAACAUGAAAGCUUCUCAAAAAUCUGACACACCAAGGUGGAUAAGGAUAAGGCAGCAGGAACCAAUAAUGUGUGUUGAGGCAGCAUGUGUGGGGUUUGUAAAUGUGCUCUAGGAUGUUAUUUUUAUGCAGUACUGCUACUCCUGGGUGUUCACAGCAUGUGUUCAAAGGCUGGUAAUCUGACGUGGAGUUUAAAUGACUAAGGUGCUAUCAAAGAGUGUUUCUUCAUGCCUGCUAGUCAUUGGUGUUUUUUUCGUCCUGUUCUUGGAUUAAAACCCAAACAUCUAUGAAGACUGUCAAAUCAACGGAAGAGAAAAAUGUCCUAGCCAGUGUUAUUUGUGAGUUAACUUAACGGGAGUGCUAUAUUUGGACCAUACCCACUGCAGAACCAUUGCAUGCUGUUGUUUGGAUGAAAUAACAGGAAAAUACUCUCUACGGUAUGUUCCAGAAUGUUCCAUCUGCCAAGAACCCAAAAGACUCUCUCUACUCUUAAUACUGACGAGAUAUGAAGAAAGACAUCUCCUCCUGGUUGGUCAUCUCUCUUCAGUGUGUUGCUUUGAGAUAGAGAGAAUUUGCAUGAAUGUGUUUCAUGAAUCAUGAUUGACUAACUUAUACUAUGAAGCAACCUUUCUGAGUUAUACAAUUAAAAAUUAUUGCAAAUUAUCAAUGAUGCCAUUCAAUAAACGCAAGAUCCAUCACUGUUUCGGUUGAUGCUCUGUCUCUUUCUUUCCAGAAAACU